AUGAGUUCCAGAAAGAAAGGACCUCAUGUUCCUGACCAGCAUUUUGCUGAAGGAGAUGACUUUGUGAAGCCGAGGCCAAGCUAUAGGCAGGUGAGAAAGGUGAGAAAUCUCUCCUCCAGACAGAAAUCCACGGAGCUGAGGAGUCUUCAACCAGCUCUUCCAGGAAGACCACGGGGCCGCCCUGCCACAAGAAGUCACCGGAGAAGUCGCUCUGAUGAGCAAACCUGCACAACAGAAAAAAAUCCCUCCACUGAAGAGUAUCACAUUGCUGAGAAGCGCUGCACUAUCGUUAAGAGCCCCUUGGCUGAGAAGCUUCUGUCAGCGGAAAAACAUCGCGGUGCUGAAAAAUGUCGUGCUACAGAGAAGAGUUCCCGUGUCAAGAAUCACCCUUCUGAUGUAAAAGGUCGUACUACACGGAAAAGUUCCUCUGCCGCAAAGCACCACUCUGAGAGGCACCUUUCUGGGAAGAGGCAUCACUUUUCUGAGAAAAGUUGCUCAUCCGAAAAGCAUCUCUCUGCUGAGAAAGAUCUUCUGGCAGAGAGAGGUCGCCUUAUCAAGAAAAGUCGUCCUACAGAAAAAGGUCAUUCUGCAAAGGAAGAUAGUUUCCCUGAGAGAGGUCCCUAUGAUGAGAGAGGCCGCCCUAUCAAGAGAGGUCAACCUGCAAAAAAAGGUCUUUCUACUAAGAAGGGUCCACCUACUGAGAAAGGUUGUUUGGAUGGGAGAGGUCCCUCUACUGAGAACUAUCACCCAGAAGAGAAAGAUCCAUCAGCUGAGAAACUUAGCUCUGCAGAGAGAAAUUACCAGAUAGAGAGAGGCUGUUCUGUGAAGAGAAAACUGUCUACAGAGAAAGAUCGUCUUGCAGGGAGAGGUCACUCCAACAAUAGCCACCCUGCAGAGGAGGGUCACUCAGUCGAAUGGGGUAACUCUGCAGAGAGAAGACCCUCUGCAGGUCAAGAUCGCCCCACAGGGAGAGGUCAGCUUAGCUACAAAAGCCGCCUUGCAGAGAAUAGUCGCUCAGUUGAAUGGGGUAACUCUGUGGAGAGAAGACCCUCUACACGUGAAGAUCGCCCCACAGGGAGAGGUCGACCUAGGAAGAAAAGUCACCCUGCAGAGGAGGCUCGCUCAGUCGAAUGGGGUAACUCUGUGGAGAAAAGACCCUCUACACGUGAAGAUUGCCCCACAGGGAGAGGUCGGCUCAGGAAGAAAAUCCGCUCUGCAGAGGAGGGUCGCCUAGUUGAAUGGGGUAACUCUGCAGAGAGAAGACCCUCUACAGGUGAAGAUCGCCCCACAGGGAGAGGUCGACCUAGGAAGAAAAGCCGCCCUGCAGAGGAGGCUCGCUCAGUCGAAUGGGGUAACUCUGUGGAGAAAAGACCCCCUACAGGUGAAGAUCGCCCCACAGGGAGAGGUCGACCUAGGAAGAAAAGCCUCCUUGCAGAGACUAGUCACUCAGUCGAAUGGGGUAACUCUGUGGAGAAAAGACCCUCUACAGGUGAAGAUCGCCCCACAGGGAGAGGUCGACCUAGGAAGAAAAGCCGCCCUGCAGAGGAGGCUCGCUCAGUCGAAUGGGGUAACUCUGUGGAGAAAAGACCCUCUGCAGGUGAAGAUCGCCCCACAGGGAGAGGUCGACCUAGGAAGAAAAGCCGCCCUGCAGAGGAGGCUCGCUCAGUCGAAUGGGGUAACUCUGUGGAGAGAAGACCUUCUGCAGAUGAAGAUCACCCCACAGGGAGAGGUCGACCUAAGAAGAAAAGCCGCCCUGCAGAGGAGGCUCGCUCAGUCGAAUGGGGUAACUCUGUGGAGAGAAGACCUUCUGCAGAUGAAGAUCACCCCACAGGGAGAGGUCGACCUAAGAAGAAAAGCCGCCCUGCAGAGGAGGCUCGCUCAGUCGAAUGGGGUAACUCUGUGGAGAAAAGACUCUCUACACGUGAAGAUCACCCCACAGGGAGAGGUCGACCUAAGAAGAAAAGCCGCCCUGCAGAGGAGGCUCGCUCAGUCGAAUGGGGUAACUCUGUGGAGAGAAGACCUUCUGCAGAUGAAGAUCACCCCACAGGGAGAGGUCGACCUAAGAAGAAAAGCCGCCCUGCAGAGGAGGCUCGCUCAGUCGAAUGGGGUAACUCUGUGGAGAAAAGACCCUCUGCAGGUGAAGAUCGCCCCACAGGGAGAGGUCGACCUAGGAAGAAAAGCCGCCCUGCAGAGGAGGCUCGCUCAGUCGAAUGGGGUAACUCUGUGGAGAGAAGACCUUCUGCAGAUGAAGAUCACCCCACAGGGAGAGGUCGACCUAAGAAGAAAAGCCGCCCUGCAGAGGAGGCUCGCUCAGUCGAAUGGGGUAACUCUGUGGAGAGAAGACCUUCUGCAGAUGAAGAUCACCCCACAGGGAGAGGUCGACCUAAGAAGAAAAGCCGCCCUGCAGAGGAGGCUCGCUCAGUCGAAUGGGGUAACUCUGUGGAGAAAAGACCCUCUGCAGGUGAAGAUCGCGCCACAGGGAGAGGUCGACCUAGGAAGAAAAGCCGCCCUGCAGAGGAGGGUCGCCUAGUAGAAUGGGGUAACUCUGUGGAGAAAAGACCCUCUACACGUGAAGAUCACCCCACAGGGAGAGGUCGACCUAAGAAGAAAAGCCGCCCUGCAGAGGAGGCUCGCUCAGUCGAAUGGGGUAACUCUGUGGAGAGAAGACCCUCUACAGGUAAAGAUCGCGCCACAGGGAGAGGUCGACCUAGGAAGAAAAGCCGCCCUGCAGAGGAGGGUCGCCUAGUAGAAUGGGGUAACUCUGUGGAGAGAAGACCCUCUACAGGUGAAGAUCGCCCCACAGGGAGAGGUCGACCUAGGAAGAAAAGCCGCCCUGCAGAGGAGGCUCGCUCAGUCGAAUGGGGUAACUCUGUGGAGAGAAGACCUUCUGCAGAUGAAGAUCACCCCACAGGGAGAGGUCGACCUAAGAAGAAAAGCCGCCCUGCAGAGGAGGCUCGCUCAGUCAAAUGGGGUAACUCUGUGGAGAGAAGACCCUCUACAGGUGAAGAUCACCCCACAGGGAGAGGUCGACCUAAGAAGAAAAGCCGCCCUGCAGAGGAGGCUCGCUCAGUCGAAUGGGGUAACUCUGUGGAGAGAAGACCCUCUACAGAUGAAGAUCACCCCACAGGGAGAGGUCGACCUAGGAAGAAAAGCCUCCCUGCAGAGGAGGCUCGCUCAAUCGAAUGGGGUAACUUUGUGGAGAGAAGACCCUCUACAGAUGAAGAUCGCGCCACAGGGAGAGGUCGACCUAGGAAGAAAAGCCGCCCUGCAGAGGAGGCUCGCUCAGUCGAAUGGGGUAACUCUGUGAAUAACAGACCUUCUACAGGUAAAGAUCACCCCACAGGAAGAGGUCGGCUUAGGAGCAAAAGCUGCUCUGUAGGGGAGGCUCGCUCAGUCGAAUGGGGUAACUCUAUGGAGAGAAGACCCUCUACAGGUGAAGAUCGCCCCACAGGGAGAGGUCGGCUUAGGAACAAAAGCUUCUCUGCAUGGGAGGGCUGCUCAGUUGAAAGGAGUAGCUUGGCAGGGAGAGGUCCCUCUGCAGGUGAAGAUCACUCUUCAGGGAGAGAUUGCCCAAUCAAAAGCCACCCUGUAGAGCAGGGUCAUUCAUCCCAGAAGGGUAACUCUGCAAAGAGAGGACCCUCUGCUGGGAAAGAUCGCCACACAGGGAGAGGUCAGCUCACUAAAAGCCGCCCUGCAGAGGAGGGUUGCUGGGUGGAAAGGGGUAACUAUGCAGAGAGAGGACCCUCUGCCAGGAAUGAUUGCCGCACAGGGAAAGGUCACCCCAACAAAAGCCACCCUAUAGAGGAUUGCUCAGUGGAAAGGGUUAACUAUGCAAAGAGAGGACUCUUUGCAGGGGAAGAUAUCCCUGCAGGGAGAGGUCAGCCUUCAAAGAAAAGCCACCCUGCAGAGAAUGGUCACUCAACUGAGAGGGGUAACUAUGCAGAGAGGGGACUCUCUGCAGGUAAAGAUCACCCCACAGGGAGAGGUCGGCCUUGGAAGAGAAGCCUCCGUGCAGAGGAGGGUAGCUCAGUGGAAAGAAAGAAUGCAAAGAAAGAAUCCUUUGCAAGGAAAGAUCGUCCCAUAGGGAGAGGUCGCCUCACCAAAAGCCACCCUGCGGAGAAUGGUCAUUCAGUGGAUAGGGGUAACUAUGUAGAGUGGGAACUCUCUGCAGGUGAAGAUCACCCCACAAGGAGAGGUCAGCGUCGGAAGAAAAGCCUCCCUGCAGAGGAAGGUCACUCAGUUCAGAGGGGUAACUCAGCAAGGAGAGGACCCUCUGCAUGUGAAAAUCGCCUUGCAGGGAGAGUUCGGUCUUCAAAGAAAAGCUGCCCUGCAGAGGAGGGUCACUCAGCUCAGAAGGGUGACUCUGCAGAGAGGCUACCCUCUGCAGGGAAAGAUCGCUCCGCAGGAAGAGGUCGUCCUCCGAAGAAAAGCCGUCAUGCUGAGAAACAUCUGUCUGCUGAGAGAAGUUGCCCUCCCAAAAAAAGACGUCCUGCAGGGAAAGGCCUACCUGCCAAGAGAUUUCGCUCUGUAGAGAAAGUUCACUCUGGGGAGAGAGGUCAUCUUUCUAAGAAAAGUCGCCCUGCAGAGAGACAGCUCUCAGCCGAGAAAGGUCGCAUGGAACAGAAGGGUUGCUCUUUCCAGAAAGUUCAUUCUGGAGAGAGAGGUCAGUCUUCUCAAAGCAGGUGCACUUUUGAGAAAGGUAACACAGUAGAGAAUAGGUGCUCUGUGGAGAAAGGUCAUCACUCCAUGAGGAAAGGCUUUCCUAUAGAGAAACCCUCUUCAGGAUCCAUGCCUAAGGUGCAAGUACAAAAGAACAUGCAGAAUACUCCAGAAAGCAGAAGUGGCAGUGGUACCAGCAAAGUACCCCAGAUCCCUCACCAGAAUGUGGCUGGGGCUGUCAGCACUUUUCAACGGGAGCAGGCACUGCAGAUGAAAAGGGGGAUUAUAUUGAAUGUGCCCAAAGAAUUAAAAUCAUGUCUUGUUGAGGACUGGGACUUGGUAAACAAGCAGAAACAGUUAUUCCAACUCCCUGCUCAGAAGAAUGUAGAUACCAUUCUCGCAGAGUAUGUCACUUUUGUGAAAUCACAAGGAAGGGCUGAUAAUAGAGAAUAUUCCGUUGAUGAACUUGUGAUUGGAAUAAGAGAGUAUUUCAACAGGAUGCUGGGCACCCAGCUGCUCUGCCAGUUUGAAAAACCCCAAUAUGCUGAAAUCCACCUUGCUUAUCCUGAUGCUCCAAUGUCUCAGGUUUAUGGGGCUCCACACCUCCUGAGAUUAUUUGUGAAAAUUGGGACUGCAUUGGCGGGUUCAUCCCUUAAUAGGCCUAGUCUUAGGUUAGUAUGCAGCUAUCUGCCCGAUUUUCUUAAAUACCUAGCAGAGAAUUCCAGUUCUCUGUUUAGUGCCAGUAAUUACAAAGUGGCUUCUGCCGAGUAUUGUUGCAAAGCCCUGUGAUGGUCUGCUGACCACGCCCUGUUAUGACCUGGACCAGUAAACAUUUCUGUGUUUGCUGUUUUCAUUGUGUAGUUGAUAUCCUUUAAAACUGUCAAUGUAUAACAGGGCUUAAUAUUUCAGUUUGCUUAUUGUUGUGAACAGAAAUAAAAAAUGUUAAAUGCUUCUUUACCACUAUUUCAACAACAAAUAAAUGUUCACUAAAAGAA